ACUAAUCUAAGAUAUCUAGGAAUGUUUGAAAAUCAUAUCUCUGGUACCAUUCCUCAAGAUAUCGGGAGGCUACAAUCUCUUGUAGAUCUAGGAAUGUCAACAAACAAUUUCUCUGGUCCAAUCCCUAUUUCUUUAUGCGAUUUGAGCCACCUAAACACUCUAUAUCUUCAUCGCAAUCAACUUUCUGGUAGCAUUCCUCAAAAUAUUGGAAGGUUAAGAUCUCUUACUGACUUACAGUUGUCCACAAACAAUCUAAUCGGUUCAAUCCCUACUUCUUUAUGUAAUAUUAGCAACCUAAAAAGAUUAGCCCUCUAUGAAAAUCAACUUUCUGGAACCAUUCCUCAAGAAAUCGGAGAACUAAGUUCUAUUACAGACUUAGAAUUGUCAGCAAACUAUCUCACUGGUCCAAUUCCUUCUUCUACAUGCAAUCUUAGCAACCUUAGAGUUUUGUACCUUCACAAAAAUCAAUUAUCUGGUGCCAUUCCUCGUGACAUCGGAAGGCUGAGAUCUCUUUUGGAAUUAAUUAUGUUUUCGAACAAUCUCGUAGGCCCGAUCCCUACUUCUUUAUGUAAUUUGACAGUUGGAAUGUUGCCCACCUUGCAAUCCCUCUCUAUAUCUAAUAAUCAGCUUACUGGACCGAUACCCAAACAGCUUGGAGAAUGUUCAAAUUUACUGGAAUUAGAUUUGACCACAAACCGUUUGAGUGGAACUAUUCCAGUUACGAUUGGAAAUUUGAUUUCAUUACAAAUCGGAAUGGAUCUCAGUCAAAAUGAGUUGAGUGGAGAAAUACCAUCAAAUUUCGGAAAACUAAUAAAACUGGAAAGCUUAAAUUUGUCACACAACAAACUCUCCGGUUCAAUUCCUUCUUCAUUUGAUGGAAUGGUUAGCUUGACCACCGUCGAUAUUUCCUACAAUGAGUUAAGUGGUCUUAUUCCGAACAUCAAGGCCUUUAAGGACGCUCCCUUUGAUGCAUUGAAGAACAACAGUGGUUUAUGUGGUAAUCACUCUGGAGGUAUUAAACCAUGUAACUCCUCGGUCAUCACUGGAAGAAAAAAAGGCAAACUAAGAUAUUGGGUGAUAAUCUUAGUUCCUCUGUUUGGUUCUUUGUCUCUCCUAUUCACAUUUCUUGCUAUCUAUCUUUGUCUGCGAAAACGAAGAGCAAGAAAUCUCGAGCAGGAGGAUCAACCCACCCCAGUUUUAAGCGCAGGAAGAAAUAUAUUCUCGGUACAGAAUUAUGAUGGGAAACUGGUAUUUGAAGAAAUAAUUGAAGCAACGGAAAAUUUUGAUACCAAAUAUUGCAUUGGGGUGGGAGGAUAUGGGAGUGUCUACAAAGCAGAGCUAUCUACUGGUCAGGUUGUUGCAGCGAAAAAGCUUCAUUCGUCAGAUGAGGAUUCUGAAAUAGUUGAUCUUAAAUCAUUUGAGAGCGAAGUUCAAGCAUUAACUGAAAUCCGGCAUAAGAACAUUGUAAAACUCUUUGGUUUCUGCUCUAGCGUAGAGCGACAAAUUUCAUUUUUGGUUUAUGAGUUUGUAGAGAGGGGAAGUUUGAAAAAGAUAUUAUGCGAUGGGGAACAAGCAGUAGAGUUUGAUUGGAUAAAGCGGAUAGCAUUCAUCAAGGGAACAGCUGAUGCACUUGCCUACAUGCACCAUGAUUGCAUUCCAGCAAUAGUUCAUAGAGACAUAUCUAGCAACAAUGUCUUGUUGGAUAUCGAGUAUGAAGCUCGUGUUUCUGAUUUUGGUACUGCAAGGAUUUUGAAGCCAGAUUCCUCUAAUUGGACAUCACUUGCAGGAACUUAUGGAUAUGUUGCUCCAGAGCUGGCCUAUACAAUGAAGGUAACCGAGAAGUGUGAUGUUUAUAGCUUUGGAGUACUAGCGCUAGAAGUACUACACGGUAGGCACCCAUCUGAGAUUAUCACAGUACUCUCUCCUGAGCUCCUUCCAUCGUUGUCUUCAACUUCGAAUGUUCCGGGGAAAAAUAUAAUGCUGAAAGACAUUUUAGAUGAGUGCCUUGAAGCACCAACGGAUGUUGUGAAGAAAGAGAUAAUUUACUUCGUGAAGGUUGCACUCUCAUGCUUACGUGGUGAUCCACAUACUCGUCCAACAAUGCAAGAAGUAUCGGUGGAGUUAUCACGGUCAGCUCAGAUCAGGACAUCUUUUGAGAAGCCCUUUAAAAAUGUUACAUUGAGUGACCUACUGAUGGGGCGUUAGGAAGAAUGAUGUGCAUCUAUGUUGUCUGCGCAUAUACAUUUCACUUGUUUUUUCUUUAAUUAUUCAGUUACGAUACAGUUUAGAAUAUCCAUGAAGUUCUUGUUUCAAAUGUUGUGCAAGAACUAUUCGGAGACAAUCUUUUGAUGAUGUAGCCUAUGGUAAUCAAAAUUUUGAUGA